CAGCCCCGCGGACCGGGUGGGAACAGGUGGCGCGGGCCGGGCGCUUUGUGUCGGGACGCGGAGACCGGGAGCGGGCGGCCGCGCCUCCCUCGGCCGCUCCCUUCCCUCCCUUGCUCCCCCGGGCGGCCGCACGCCGGGUCGGCCGGGUAACGGAGCUGGAGUCGCCAGGAAUGUGCCUCUGGGGACUGCUUGGCUCGAGGGAGGAGAGAAGGUGGCUGAGGCGGCCGGGGAGGUGCGGGAGCCGAGAGGUGGCGCGGGGGCUGCACCGCCGCUCCAGGCAGGAGAGGGAUGCUUCCAGCUAGGCACGUUCGGCCCGGGCGAGGGCUUCAUUCUUCCGCUGCGCCCCUGGAGGACUGUUGACUGAUGCAUGAGGGGCCCACGGAGGCGCAGGAGCGGUGGUGAUGGUUUGGGAAGCGGAGCUGAAGUGCGCUGGGCUUCCGUGAGGCGUGACGGUUUAUCAUGACCGUGUUCAGGCAGGAAAACGUGGAUGAUUACUACGACACCGGCGAGGAACUUGGCAGGGAAGCCAGGACAACUAAAAGCUGCACAACAGCCGGGAGAGAGCUGCUCGGAAAUGCUCAGAGGGACGGUCAUCCUGGCGUUAUUAAGAACCUGAGUGGGCAGUUUGCAGUCGUGAAGAAAUGCCGUGAGAAAAGCACCGGUCUACAGUAUGCCGCCAAAUUCAUCAAGAAAAGGAGGACCAAAUCCAGCCGGCGGGGCGUGAGCCGUGAGGAUAUCGAGAGGGAGGUCAGCAUCCUGAAGGAGAUCCAGCACCCCAACGUCAUCACCCUGCACGAGGUUUAUGAGAACAAGACGGACGUCAUCCUGAUCCUGGAACUCGUUGCAGGUGGUGAGCUCUUUGACUUCUUAGCUGAAAAGGAAUCUCUGACUGAAGAGGAAGCAACUGAAUUUCUCAAACAAAUUCUUAAUGGUGUUUACUACCUGCAUUCCCUUCAGAUUGCCCACUUCGAUCUCAAGCCUGAAAACAUAAUGCUUUUGGAUAGAAAUGUUCCCAAACCUCGGAUCAAGAUCAUUGACUUUGGGUUGGCCCAUAAAAUUGACUUUGGAAAUGAAUUCAAGAACAUAUUUGGGACACCAGAGUUUGUUGCUCCUGAGAUAGUCAACUAUGAACCUCUUGGUCUUGAGGCAGACAUGUGGAGUAUUGGGGUAAUAACCUAUAUUCUCCUAAGUGGGGCGUCCCCAUUUCUUGGAGACACUAAACAAGAAACGUUAGCGAACGUAUCUGCUGUCAACUACGAAUUUGAGGAAGAAUACUUCAGUAAUACCAGUGCCCUAGCCAGAGAUUUCAUAAGAAGACUCCUCGUCAAGGAUCCAAAGAAGAGAAUGACAAUUCAAGAUAGUUUGCAGCAUCCCUGGAUCAAGCCUAAAGAUACCCAACAAGCACUUAGUAGAAAAGCAUCGGCAGUAAACAUGGAGAAAUUCAAGAAGUUCGCAGCCCGGAAAAAAUGGAAACAAUCUGUUCGCUUGAUAUCACUGUGCCAAAGAUUAUCCAGGUCAUUCUUGUCCAGAAGUAACAUGAGUGUUGCCAGAAGCGAUGAUACUCUGGAUGAGGAAGACUCCUUCGUGAUGAAAGCUAUCAUCCAUGCCAUCAACGAUGACAAUGUACCAGGCCUGCAGCACCUCCUGGGCUCCUUGUCCAACUAUGAUGUUAACCAACCCAACAAGCAUGGGACACCACCGUUACUUAUUGCUGCUGGCUGUGGGAAUAUUCAAAUACUACAGUUGCUCAUUAAAAGAGGCUCAAGAAUCGAUAUCCAGGAUAAGGGUGGAUCCAAUGCCAUCUACUGGGCCUCUCGGCAUGGCCACGUAGAUACCUUGAAAUUUCUCAAUGAGAACGAAUGCCCUUUGGAUGUUAAAGACAAGUCUGGAGAGACAGCCCUUCAUGUGGCAGCUCGCUAUGGCCAUGCCGAUGUGGUUCAGUUACUGUGCAGCUUUGGCUCAAAUCCCAACUUCCAAGACAAGGAAGAAGAAACACCCCUGCACUGUGCUGCCUGGCACGGCUAUUACUCUGUGGCCAAAGCCCUUUGUGAAGCUGGCUGCAAUGUGAACAUUAAGAAUCGAGAAGGAGAGACCCCCCUCCUGACAGCCUCCGCCAGGGGCUACCACGACAUCGUGGAGUGUCUGGCUGAGCACGGAGCCGACCUUAAUGCAUCCGACAAGGACGGACACAUAGCUCUUCAUCUUGCUGUGAGACGAUGUCAGAUGGAGGUCAUCCAGACUCUCAUCAGCCAGGGCUGUUCCGUCGAUUUCCAAGACAGGCAUGGCAACACCCCCCUCCAUGUGGCCUGCAAAGACGGCAACGUGCCGAUUGUGGUGGCCCUCUGUGAAGCCAGCUGCAAUUUGGAUCUCUCCAACAAGUAUGGACGGACGCCUCUGCACCUUGCGGCCAACAACGGGAUUCUGGACGUGGUCCGCUACCUCUGUCUGACGGGAGCCAACGUGGAGGCGCUGACUUCGGAUGGAAAGACAGCAGAAGAUCUUGCUAAAUCGGAACAGCAUGAGCACGUAGCCGGUCUCCUCACAAGACUCCGAAAGGACACGCACCGAGGACUCUUCAUCCAGCAACUGAGACCCACACAGAACCUGCAGCCGAGAAUCAAGCUGAAGCUGUUCGGCCACUCGGGGUCUGGGAAGACCACCCUGGUGGAAUCUCUCAAGUGUGGGCUGCUGAGGAGCUUCUUCCGAAGACGCCGGCCCCGGCUCUCCUCCACCAACUCCACCCGGUUCCCACCCUCACCCCUGGCGUCCAAGCCAGCAGUUUCCGUGAGCAUCAACAACCUGUACCCGGGCUGUGAGAAUGUGAGCGUCAGGAGCCGCAGCAUGAUGUUCGAGCCGGGCCUCACCAAGGGAAUGCUAGAGGUGUUCGGGGCCCCGUCCCACCACCCGCACUGCCCCGCCGAUGACCAGUCCACAAAGGCCAUCGACAUCCAGAACGCCUACUUGAACGGCGUUGGCGAUUUCAGUGUGUGGGAGUUCUCUGGAAAUCCUGUAUACUUCUGCUGUUAUGACUAUUUUGCUGCAAAUGAUCCCACGUCCAUCCAUGUUGUCGUUUUCAGUCUAGAAGAACCCUACGAGAUCCAGCUGAAUCAAGUGAUUUUCUGGCUCAGUUUUCUGAAGUCUCUUGUCCCGGUUGAAGAGCCCAUAGCCUUUGGUGGCAAGCUGAAGAACCCACUCCGAGUUGUCCUGGUGGCCACCCACGCCGACAUCAUGAACAUUCCUCGUCUAGCUGGAGGCGAGUUCGGAUAUGACAAAGACACCUCGUUGCUGAAAGAGGUCAGGAACAGGUUUGGGAACGAUCUUCACAUUUCAAAUAAGCUGUUUGUUCUGGAUGCCGGGGCUUCUGGGUCUAAGGACAUGAAGGUACUUCGAAAUCACCUGCAAGAAAUACGGAGCCAGAUUGUUUCGGUCUGCCCUCCAAUGACUCACCUGUGUGAGAAAAUCAUCUCCACGCUGCCCUCCUGGAGGAAGCUCAACGGACCCAACCAGCUGAUGUCAUUGCAGCAGUUUGUGUACGACGUGCAGGACCAGCUGAACCCCCUGGCCAGCGAGGCGGACCUCCGGCACAUCGCCCAGCAGCUCCACAGUGCCGGCGAGAUCAACAUCAUGCAGAGUGAAACCGUCCAGGACGUGCUGCUCCUAGACCCCCGCUGGCUCUGCACCAACGUUCUGGGGAAGCUGCUCUCCGUCGAGACCCCACGGGCCCUGCACCAUUACCGGGGCCGCUACACCAUGGAGGACGUCCAGCGCCUGGUGCCCGACAGCGACGUGGAGGAGCUGCUGCAGAUUCUAGAUGCCAUGGAUAUCUGCGCCCGGGACCUGAGCAGCGGUACCAUGGUGGACAUCCCCGCCCUGAUCAAGACUGACAACCUGCACCGGUCCUGGACGGAUGAGGAGGACGAGGUGCGGGUCUACGGUGGCGUGCGCAUCGUCCCCGUGGAGCACCUCACGCCCUUCCCGUGCGGCAUCUUUCACAAGGUGCAGGUGAACCUGUGCAGGUGGAUCCACCAGCAGAGCGCGGAGGGAGACGCGGACAUCCGCCUGUGGGUGAACGGCUGCAAGAUUGCCAACCGUGGGGCCGAGCUGCUGGUGCUCCUGGUCAACCACGGCCAGGGCAUCGAGGUCCAGGUGCGCGGUCUGGAGACGGAAAAGAUCAAGUGCUGCCUCCUGCUGGACUCGGUGUGCAGCACCAUCGAGAAUGUCAUGGCCACCACGCUGCCCGGGCUGCUGACGGUGAAGCACUACCUGAGCCCCCAGCAGCUGAGAGAGCACCACGAGCCCGUCAUGAUCUACCAGCCGCGAGACUUCUUCCGGGCACAGACCCUCAAGGAGACCUCGCUGACUAACACCAUGGGCGGGUACAAGGAGAGCUUCAGCAGCAUCAUGUGCUUCGGCUGUCACGACGUCUAUUCACAGGCCAGCCUGGGCAUGGACAUCCAUGCGUCAGAUCUGAACCUCCUGACGCGGAGGAAACUCAGUCGCCUGCUGGACCCACCCGAUCCCAUGGGGAAGGACUGGUGCCUUCUCGCCAUGAACUUGGGUCUCCCCGACCUUGUGGCAAAGUACAACACCAAUAACGGGUCUCCCAAGGAGUUCCUCCCGAGCCCGGUCCACGCCCUGCUCCGGGAAUGGACCUCCUACCCCGAGAGCACGGUCGGCAUCCUCAUGUCCAAACUGAGGGAGCUGGGGCGCCGGGAUGCGGCGGACUUCCUACUGAAGGCGUCCUCUGUGUUCAAAAUCAACCUCGACAGCAACGGCCAGGAGGCCUACGCCUCAAGCUGCAACAGUGGCACAUCUUAUAAUUCCAUUAGCUCGGUCGUGUCCCGGAAAAACUCCCAUGUAAGGAAUCCCACUGUAUGAUUUAUAAACAGACAAUAUGUGAGUGCCUUUUGCAGAAGAGGGUGUGUUUGAAAUCAUCCAAGUCAGCCCGGAGCUGUCGCGAAAGAAACGCUCCCUCUCUGUCUCUUGCUGUAUGCUGAUCAUCGCCAGAGGUGCUUCACCCGAGGUUUUUUUGUUUUUGUUUUUUUGUUUUUUUUGGCAAUUUUUGUGUUUCCUUUGACAAGGAAAGGGGAGAAAGAAACCUCCUCUAGAGCAAUUUCAUGGCCAGUGUUGUUGCUACGAUAAGACAUGUUUGUGUUUGCUUUUGUUUCAACGUCAGUGUGAACAUCCACGUGGAACCUGCAGACUGUCACGCUUCAUCAUCCCCUGUCAUCUCAGGUAGAAGGCUGACACUGUUGUAGGGAGCCAAGACCUGUGUGAGAAUUCAGAAGACCCCCGACUCAUGAUUUGUGGCAGUUUGUUGUCAUUUGUGCAUAGCAGAUGGUUCUCCAUAUUUAGAUCCUGGUUUGAUAACUUCCUGUACUUGAAGUCUCAAAAAGAAAAUAAAGGAAGCAAGUUUUCUUGCAGUGA